CGCUCCCGGGAGCAAGAGGCUCCGAGGCUCCCAGUGUCCGUGGCCGCGGCCCCCGCCCGCCCAGACACAGUGCCUUUGAAACGCGGCGGGAGGCAGCUGGUGCGAUGGCGAGCCUGGGCCGACUGCUGUGCGUGGUGGUGGUGUUCUGCUGGGCGCUGAGCCUCGGGCUGCCCAAACACCACAAGCGCGCGGUCAAGAAGCCCAUCAUUGGAAUUGUGAUGCAAAAAUGCCAAAGUAAAGAAAUGAAAAACCUUGGGAAAUACUACCUUGCUGCAUCCUAUGUGAAGUAUAUAGAGUCUGCAGGUGGAAGGGUCGUGCCAAUAAGGACUGAUCUUACAUUUGCAGAGUAUUCACAUAUAUUCCGAUCCAUCAAUGGACUCCUUUUACCUGGAGGAAGUGUUAGCCUUGUACACUCAGAAUAUGCCCACGUGGCUAAAAUUUUUUACAAGAUGGCCAUACAGAGUUUUGAUGAUGGAGACUACUUUCCUCUGUGGGGUACGUGCCUUGGAUUUGAGGAGCUUUCGUAUCUGAUUAGUGGGGAGUGCUUACUAACUCUCACAGACACUUUCUCAAAAGCAUUGCCGCUGAACUUCACUAAAGGUGCAAUACAGAGCAGAAUGUUCCAUAAUUUUCCUCCUGACUUACUGCUAUCAUUAGCCAUAGAACCUCUGACUGCAAAUUUCCACAAAUGGAGCCUCUCCAUGCAGAAUUUUACAAUGAAUUCAAGGUUAAUGAAGUUUUUCAAUGUGUUAACUACAAAUACAGAUGGCAAUCUUGAGUUCGUAUCAUCAAUGGAAGGAUAUAAAUAUCCAGUAUAUGGGGUCCAGUGGCAUCCAGAGAAAGCACCAUAUGAGUGGGACUCAAAAGGCAUUUCCAAUGCACCUAAUGCUGUGAAGACUGCAUUUUAUUUAGCAGAGUUCUUUGUUUCUGAAGCUCGAAAAAACAAUCAUCACUUUGAGUCUCCCAGUGAAGAGAAGGAAUCCCUGAUUUAUCAGUUCUCUCCAGUUUAUACUAAAAAUUUUUCUUCAUUCCAGCAAUGUUAUAUGUUUGAUUGAAAAUCUUCAGUGUGUCAACAGAGCAACUUUGGAAAAGUCCUUGAGUCAACUGUUAUAAAUUGCUAAUCAUGGCUAUAGGAGAAAGCCAGAGAUUUCUUCUGUAUGUGACUGGCUUUGAUGCUUUAUCAUGAACAUGAUUAUUUACUGCAUGUAAUAAUUGAAUGACAAGACAGAUGAAUAAUCAGUAUUUUUCAUAGAAAAGCCUUCUUAUACCUGAAGAUUAGAAAAAAUAAAUUUAUUGAGUGUAUAAAUUUUUAUUCAGGUUUAUUGAUCUGGAAAUAAAUCAUUGUAUAAUUUCCU